AUGGCAUCGAGCGUUACUACGCCGCAGCCGCUAGCAGCAGCGUCCACAGCGAGCCAGUGCCAUUAUAUCGCGCUCGCCGCUGCCACCUCCGCCUUGCUCGCCUUCUGGGUCGCGUUUCAACUCGGCGGCGGCUCGACCGGCCUGCCUGGCGAGUUCCGCGCCGCGGGAACUCCAGUCGACCCCUUUGAUCAUGCGAUGCGCACACCGUUUAAAGAGUCGCGGAAAUAUGGUAAAAAUCGAGCUGCGGUGGAUGGAGAGCGUGAGAUCGAUGACGCUGACCUUGCCACAUCAUCAAAUCGGUCGUUAUCUGCCCGCGGCGCGAAGAUCCGGCUGUGCAUGGGCAGCCCGACCGCGCCAUUCGCGCAGGGAACGUUCGUUACGAAGCCAAUCAUCAUGAAAAAAAAGAAAGGCGCAACGGCGAGCAACCGAUACGCGCAGGUCACCGUGUUCGAAGCAGAGGUUCGGCACGCCGAACCUCUCGUGAAAGAAGACUCGGGAAAGCCGCAGCGGCAAGCCAGGAGCAGCCAGACGUCUUUAAGGCUCCUUUCCUUUUUAGAGGAUGACGAAUCUAUCUUAAAAACGCAGUGGAAAGGGUGGGGAGAGGCGGAGCUCAGCGAGCUUUUCGGCAAGGGAGAGCUUAAGCUCAAAUGCCACAUAUGGCCUGGUCACGACCCAUAUAUUCAAGCGUUCGAGCCUGCUUAUAUCGUGGAUGUGGUGCCAGUUUGGAACAUGUACUUUUGGCACUUGAUAUUAGAAUGCCUGAUUCCAUCAUACACCUCCGUCACUGAAAAUGAUAGUACUACUAGCAUUGCCUUGAACGAUCGGCUUGCAGGUGAUGACUCAGAGGUUGCCGAUGUGGCUCAUGCCGCUCCCUCCCCUCUUUCAGGCGCCUCUCCAACCGCCUCCCCUUCUCUCCCUGUGGACUUAACUACAUCAUCCUCUGUGAUCGGUCACGAGCGGUUGAGAACGGUGGAGGGGAGGCAGUGGGCGGUGCAUCACUGGCAGCAGGUGCAGGUGCAGCUGGUGGCGGCAGAGGCUGCCAGCGGGGCGGAACUGCGCAUGCCGCCUCUGCUGCUGUGCCGCGCCGAUAGCGACAAACACACCCUCGCCUCUUCCCCGCACUCACUCUCCCUCUCCACCUCCAGUGAAAUUGCUGCUGCUGAUGCUGAUGCUGCUGCUACCCAGCCCCUUUCUGUCUCCUCCCCACCGCCCUUUCCCUUCGCUGCUGUGGAAAGGGAACUGCUUUCUGCCGCAGCCGCAGCUGGGGCUGCUGGGGUUGCUGGAGAGCCUGGGGGGAAGACUGCUGGGGCUGCUGAGGAGGCUGGGGGUGAUGGGGUUGCUGCUGCUGCCCCCGGUGCUGCUGGGAGUUUGAAAGAGGUUGGAGUCCCAGGUGGUGAGUCAGACCUGGCACUGUUCCUGAAGGGGAGAGAGGGAGUGGAGGAGGGGAGGAAAAGAGGGAUGCGGGCUAGUGGUGAGAACAUGGGAAGUUCAGAGGACUUGCUAGUGAAUUAUGAAGAUGAAGCAGAUGAAUAUGAAGAGGAGAGCUUGGGGGGAUCUAGAAAAAGCGAUAUCGUUGCUGAUUACUCAAAUGCAGUGAUUACAACAGCAGGAGCAGCAGGAGCAGCAGCGCUGCCACCAGCAGCAGCACCACCACCGCCAACAGCAGCAGCAGCAUCAGCAGGAGCAGCAGCUGAAACGGCAGGCAAAUUCACCGGCGCAAAUCAGAGGCGGUGGCGGCGGCGCAGAAAACCAGAAAGCAUGGGUGCAGUGUCCAUCUGCCUGCGCCCCUUCCACACGCGCCAAAUGUUCUCCGACAACAUUGCUGUAUCCGACGAGCGAUUACUCGAAUGGAUAGACGCGUCUCUGCUGAUGGGAGUGGAUCGCGUCUAUGUGUACGACCGCUACGCCACAGCCAAGCGAGAGCUGCUACUGCCGUACAUGGCCCGGGGGCAGGUGGUGCACGUGCCGUUCCCCCCCUGGUCAGAGGUGUUCUAUCGCCAGGACCAGUUUGCUGGGAAGGGCAACAAUCCGUAUGCGUCUGCCGCCUCUAUGCAGAGAGGCCGCUACGACACAGCCAAGCGCGAGUUGCUAUUGCCGUACAUGGCCCGGGGGCAGGUGGUGCACGUGCCGUUCCCCCCCUGGUCAGAGGUGUUCUAUCGCCAGGACCAGUUUGCUGGGAAGGGCAACAACCCGUACGCGGUGAGUGCCUUGCUCGGUGUGUGUGGGGGGGGGAUGGAAGGGCAGGGCGGAAGGAUAGGGCGCUCCACGAGGGAAGGUAGGCGCGCGCGCUGCUGGACGGUGCAAAGCGCGCGCGGCGGCGGUAGGGCAACGCGCACGCGAUCGGAGGGUGCAGAACGCGCGCUUCAGGCGGAGACGAGCGCGCUACGGUCGGAAACGAGAGGAGGAGGAGGCGCGACGAAGUGGGGAGACGCGGGAUGGGGAUAG